AUGGGGGCGAAACUGAAAGCUGCGUCCGCCACGCUCGCGGCUUCACUGGAAGGCUCCGGAGGCCUCCAGCCUUCCGAGAAGCGGUGCGGGCCUUGUCCGAGGACGCGGAAAGCUUAUGAGGGGGCGCGAGGGCUCCUGAGAAGCCUCGCCGCGUUCCGAACAGGCCCGCCGCCUCUCGUGCCUUCCUGGGCUCGCCGCCGAUCCUAGAGGCGGCCUGCAGACACGUGCCAGGGAAUCGCGGGGUCAACAUCUGGCAGCCGUCUCAGCUUUCGAGCAGACGGACUCAAACUCUGCACCAGAAUGGUCCUCCCUGUCCUCAGACGCGAGAUGCUGAGGCGAACGCGCUCUGAACACCUGCGCCUUUGCAGGGCGGCAGAUCUGGUGGAGAAGCGACGAGGGGAAUAAAUCAUGUGGUAUCCUGCGAAUGGACGAGACGUGCAAAGACAGUGCACCAUGCUUAAGAACGCAGCUAGAUCGUGAGACAAACGGGCGCAAGCGUCAUUGGCCCCGCUCGCUGUGUCCACCAAUGGUGGCAAUACUAUGCGGCCUUUAGCCCACACGCCAUAUUCGAACGAGCUACGAUUCUGUGAGCAUGAGACGCAUCUCGGAUAUCGUGGGGAGAGAUCGGAAGGAAGACGCGGAACAACGACAUGAAUGCAGGCGAUGCGGGGGUCGCCCAGGCCCGGGGCCCCCGGAGGGCGCUCGGGCUCGCUGGAAAAAAAAGAGCGGCGCCACUGCGUGGACGCAGCCCGCGGCUGCGGCGCAGGACCGGCCGCGGGCGGCAGGCUCUCACAGGAUGCUGCAGAGGCUCAGGUGCAUGCCGCUGCUGGCAGCCUGCGAGCUGCCGCGAUGGCCGCCGCGCUGCUCGGCGCGGGCGGGGUCCUCGGCGGCGACGGUGCUCUCCACCGUGGCCAGGAAGGCGGUGAUCGCGUCCGCAGCGGCCGGCGGUGGACGCCUCUGUGGCCACCGCGCUGUCGAGCGCCGCGGCCGCAGCCGAUGCGCCCGUCUCCACCGCCAGCGCUGCGUUGGCGAGGGCACCAGCGGCACCU